AUGAGUUAUAUUAACAGGAUAGCAAAACUGGUGAUACCAAAAUGUAAGUUACAAACCCGAAUAUCAACUGGAUUCUCCCAAGGUUUAAGGUCAUUUAGCACUACUAAAGUAUCACCGGCUGAAAUUUCAAAAUUACUACAAAAUAGAAUUGCUGGAUGGGAUUCUCAGAAAGAUGUGAGGGAUGUUGGACAUGUAAUAAAUGUUGGUGACGGUAUCGCCCGUAUUUAUGGCUUAAAGGAAGUAAAGGCAGGUGAACUUGUUAUGUUCUCCUCAGGUGUCGCUGGUAUGGCUCUUAAUCUCGAAACCGAUAAUAUUGGUGUUGUUGUAUUCGGUGAUGAUAGGAGUAUAUUGGAGGGUGAUACUGUAACACGUACAAAUCGUAUCUUAGAUGUACCAGUUGGUCCUGAAUUAUUAGGUCGUGUUGUAGACGCAUUAGGGCGUCCAAUUGAUGGAAAAGGUGACCUUGUUACUAAGGAGACAAGUCGUGUUGAGGUUCCAGCCCCAGGAAUUAUUGACCGCAGAAGUGUUCACGAGCCGAUGACGACGGGCAUGAAAUGUGUUGAUUCACUUGUUCCAAUUGGCCGAGGCCAACGUGAACUUAUUAUUGGUGAUAGGCAAACCGGAAAAACAGCUUUGGCCGUCGAUACUAUAUUGAAUCAACGUCUAGUGAAUGAAGGUUUAGAAGAAAAUAAGAGAUUAUAUUGUAUUUAUGUGGCGAUUGGACAAAAGAGAUCAACUGUAGCUAGAAUAUUAAAGACUUUGGAGGAUAAUGAUGCUCUUAAAUACACUAUUGUUGUUGCUGCUACUGCUUCCGAUCCCGCUCCAUUGCAAUUUCUAGCUCCUUUUACUGGUUGUAGUAUGGGCGAGUGGUUUCGUAAUAACAAGAAGCAUUGUGUUAUUAUUUACGACGAUUUAUCUAAGCAGGCGACUGCUUAUAGACAAAUGUCUUUACUAUUAAGAAGGCCACCAGGACGUGAGGCUUAUCCAGGUGAUAUAUUUUACUUGCAUUCACGUUUAUUGGAACGCGCUGCCAAGAUGAGUGACGCUAAGGGUUCUGGCUCUCUCACUGCUCUGCCUAUCAUUGAAACCCAAGCAGGUGACGUCUCGGCGUAUAUUCCAACUAAUGUCAUUUCUAUUACUGAUGGACAGAUUUUCCUAGAAUCUGAACUUUUCUAUAAAGGGAUAAGACCUGCAAUAAAUGUUGGAUUAUCAGUGUCCAGAGUAGGGUCAGCAGCACAAUCAAAAGCCAUGAAACAGGUUUCUGGUACCAUGAAGCUGGAUUUGGCACAGUUUAGAGAAAUUCAAGCCUUUUCACAAUUCGGCUCUGAUUUGGAUGCCAGUACACAACAACUGUUGACCCGAGGCACUCUACUAACUGAACUUUUGAAGCAGAAACAAUAUGCUCCAUUGUCAGUUCCACUCCAAAUUUGCGUAAUUUACGGAGGAGUCAACGGUUUGCUAGACAAACUCGACCCCAAGCUUGUGGGAAAAUACGAGGAACAACUACUCGAACACCUCACAAGUCAACAUUCAGAUUUGUUGUCUACGCUUGAGAAGGAAGGAGUUUUAAGUCCGGAAACUGAAGCUAAACUAAAAUCAACACUUGAACACUUUGUAGAUAAUUUCAAUAAAUCCUAA